CUCCUAUCCGAGCUGACCACCGGCCGAUGCUUCACACCUCCGCGGCCCCGGGUGUGUGUCCCAUGUGUGGGGAGCAGAGCCGAGUCAAGGGCUUCGCGGGAGAGCGUCCUGAGAGAGAGGCAACCGCCGGCGCAUCCUCCUCCUCCUCGUUCGGCGUCUUUCACGUUUUGCCCUCGGGCGAAGGACCCCGACUCCCCCGGAAGGAUCUCUGCUCGAGUACCGUUUUGUAACGGAGGACUGAGGGGCAACAGGGCGGAGACAUGAAUGAGUCUCUGUUGGUGAAUGACUCCUCCGCAGCUCCUGUGGCCGGGGAAGCCCUCUCGUGGCUGGAGGCAGGGUCUCCGGAGCUCAACGGCAGCCUGGACUUCUCCACCGCCCCAUUCGAUUUCCCCAUCAAUCCGUGGGACAUCAUGCUCUGUUUGUCAGGCACCGUCAUCGCCUGUGAGAACGCCAUAGUGGUGGCGAUCAUCUUCUACACGCCGACGUUAAGGACUCCCAUGUUUGUGCUGAUCGGGAGCCUGGCCACAGCCGACCUGCUGGCCGGCAUGGGAUUAAUCCUGAACUUUGUGUUCCAGUACGUGGUCUCCUCUGACACUAUCAGCCUUAUCACCGUAGGCUUCCUGGUGGCCUCCUUCACCGCCUCCAUCAGCAGCCUGCUGGCCAUAACAGUGGACCGUUACUUCUCCCUCUACAACGCCCUGACCUACUUCUCGGAGAAGACGCUGCGGUACGUGCACCUGAUGUUACUGGUGACCUGGGGGGUGUCCCUGUGCCUGGGCUUGCUGCCGGUGCUCGGCUGGAACUGCCUGGACGAGCCGACCUCCUGCAGCAUCGUCCGCCCUUUGACCCGGAGCAAUGUCACACUCCUGGCCACUUCCUUUUUUGCCAUCUUCAUGCUCAUGCUCACCCUCUACUUCAAGAUCUGCAAGAUCGUGUGCCACCACGCCCACCAGAUCGCCCUCCAGCAGCACUUUUUCGCCACGCCACAUUACGUGGCCACCAAGAAGGGGGUCUCCACUCUUGCUAUCAUCCUGGGGACCUUUGGCGCCAGCUGGCUUCCCUUCGCCAUCUACUGCCUGGUAGGCGAGAGGGAGUAUCCGUCAGUGUACACCUAUGCCACGUUGCUGCCAGCCACCUAUAACUCCAUGAUCAACCCCAUCAUCUAUGCCUACCGAAAUGCAGAGAUCCAGCGCUCCAUCUACAUGCUCCUCUGUGGCUGCUUUCAGACCAACAGAGCCUACCGGUCCAGGUCACCAAGUGAAGUCUGACGAGGUGUUAGGGCUCUUUGUGUGUGUGUGUGUGUGUGUGUGUGUGUGUGUGUGUGUGUGUGUGAGUGAAGAGAGAGCAAAAAACAAACCAUCUGGUGACCAUCGACAAUCUGCUUAAAGUUGACAGUGAAAGCUUUUCCAACACAAAUGGGGGUGCGACGCUUGGAACGCAGCUCUCAUGCAUAUGUACUGUAUUGCAUCUGCACUUUACCAUGUCUCAACACGAGCUAGGGUGAGAUUUAGAAAAAUGCUGUGAACAAGAAACACCUGUGAAAAAAAAGACAAAACAAACCUGUGAAUGUAAAAGAGAAAAGGAAUGGAAAAUCUUGCACUUUAUUCAAUGUUUAGUUUUUUUUGAAAUGCCAAAGCAGUAUUGUAUGGGCCACAUUGUGUUUAAAUGGUUGACCUUGUGAGUACUGUGCCAACUUUUCUAUUUUGUAUUGUAUUGUCUUUGAUGUACA